UUCUAGAGCUAUGGGCGAGAUUGCUAGAGAAAGAAAUUAAAAAGUGACCAAGAAAAACAGUAAUCCUAUACUAAAAUACCCAAAACAGUCAAAUUUUUGAAAAACAGUUGCUUUUUGUUUCUUUUCCCUCGCUCUCUGAGAAUCUUUGAUGAAGCUCUUCUUCAAACGGCAUUCCAGCUCUCUCACCUCUUUCGAUUUCAAAAACCCAUCAACCAGCGAGUCCCAAAUUCUCCAUCUUUGCAAGCUCGGCGAGCUCCCCGAUGCGCUUCGACUCCUGAACUCCAUUAACUCCACCGAUAUCGCCGUCAAACCAGUCCUCUACGCUUCACUCUUACAAACUUGCACCAAAGUUCUUGCUUUCAACCAUGGCCUCCAGAUCCAUGCCCAUGUUCUUAAGUCCGGCCUCGAGACUGACCGUUUCGUCGGGAAUAGCUUGCUUUCUCUUUAUUUUAAACUAAAUCGUGAUUUUUCGGAGACGCGGAGAGUUUUUGAUAGUCUUUUUGUUAAGGAUGUGAUAUCUUGGACCUCGAUGAUAUCUGGGUAUAUUCGAACGGGGAAGCCCGGGAGCUCGCUUGAGUUGUUUUGGGAAAUGCUGGGAUUUGGGAUCGAGCCAAAUGGGUUCACUUUAUCUGCGGUGAUCAAGGCGUGUUCGGAGCUUGGGGAUUUGAGGCUAGGCCGGUGCUUUCACGGGGUGGUUGUGAGACAUGGGUUUGAGGCGAAUCAUGUUAUUUCUAGUGCGUUGAUUGACAUGUAUGGCAAGAACUAUGAAUCGGGAGAUGCGCACCGGCUGUUUGAUGAGUUGCCCGAACCGGAUGUUAUAUGCUGGACUUCGGUUAUUUCGGCGUUGACGAGAAACGAUUUGUUUGAGGAAGCCUUGGGAUUCUUUUAUGCGAUGCAAAGAAAUCACAGGUUUUCCCCGGAUGAAUUCACAUGUGGGACAGUGUUGACUGCUUGUGGUAAUUUAGGGAGGUUGAAGCAAGGUAAAGAAGUGCAUGCUAAGGUUUUUACUUCUGGACUUUGUGGAAAUGUGGUCGUUGAGAGCAGCCUUUUGGACAUGUACGGAAAAUGUGGGUCUGUGGAUGAAUCUCAACGUGUUUUUGAUAGGAUGCCCAAAAGGAAUUCAGUUUCUUGGUCUGCAUUGCUUGGAGUAUACUGUCAAAAUGGAGACUUUGAGUCUGUUAUUAAAAUUUUUAGGGAAAUGGAAGAGGCUGAUCUGUAUUGCCUUGGAACUGUUCUUCGUGCAUGUGCAGGUUUGGCAGCAGUAAGACAAGGGAAAGAGGUUCAUUGCCAGUAUGUUAAAAGGGGUGGUUGGAGGGAUGUCAUUGUAGAAUCAGCUUUAGUUGGUCUUUAUGCAAAAUGCGGUUGUAUUAGUUUUGCAUAUAAAAUUUUCACGCAGAUGCCAGUUAGAAAUUUGAUAACUUGGAACUCAAUGAUUUGCGGGUUUGCUCAAAAUGGAAAAGGGGAGGAAGCUCUGAGAAUAUUUCAUGGCAUGAUUAAGGAGGGAAUAAAGCCCGAUUAUAUUAGUUUCAUUGGGGUUCUUUUUGCUUGUAGUCAUACAGGUUUGGUUGAUCAGGGGCGAGACUAUUUUAUCUCAAUGACAGAGGACUAUGGAAUCAAAGCUGGAACUGAGCACUAUAAUUGCAUGGUUUACCUCCUAGGCCGUGCUGGGCUACUUGAAGAAGCUGAAAAUUUGAUCGAGAAUGCGGACUGUAAAAACGAUUCGUCUCUUUGGGCUGUUCUUCUUGGUGCUUGCACCACCUGUACGAACCCCGUAACUGCAGAGCGCAUUGCUAAGAAGAUGAUGGAAUUGAAACCUGAUUACCACAUGAGUUAUGUUCUUCUAGCUAAUGUUUAUUGCGCGGUAGGACGGUGGAGUGAUGCCUCGGAGAUUAGGAGGUUGAUGGAAGACAGAGGGGUUAAAAAGAUGGUCGGUAAGAGCUGGAUUGAAAGCAAUAGAAACUUGAGUUCUCAUCUUGACGUGGGUAGUUUCAUUAUUCCUGGAAAAAAUAAUGCUUCUAGUGUAGGGGGUUUUGUGUGAUGUUAAGAAGAGAUGGGAGAUUAUGGAUUUCAUGUUCAAGGCUCUAAUGAAAAUGGCUUGA